AUGUCGAUCUUUGCUGCUAACUUGUUGGCCGGAGGUCCGGCGGCCUUCAUCCGCCGCUCCGAUUUCGGCAAAGACUUUGUCUUUGGUUCCGCAACUGCUGCUUUCCAGAUUGAGGGUGGUCUUGAUGACGGAGGCAGAGGAGAUUCCAUUUGGGAUACCUUUGCUAAGGAAAAUGAUUUGUUUCAUCCCUACGACGAAGAUGCCGUCAAUCACUAUGAAAAAUUCGAGGAGGAUGUGAAACUCAUGAAGGAGAUUGGAUUUGAUGCUUACCGAUUCUCCAUCUCCUGGCCCAGAAUUCUGCCAACUGGAAAGAUUGAGUCGAAAAGCCAAGACGGAAUUAACUAUUAUAAGAAACUGAUUUGCAAGCUCAGAGAAAACGGAAUUGAACCAUACGUGACUCUUUUCCACUGGGAUCUUCCUCUUACUUUGCAAGAGGAAUACAAUGGCUUCUUGGACCGCAGGGUUGCGGAGGAUUUCGGUGUGUACGCUGAUGUUUGCUUCCAGGAGUUUGGUCAAUACGUUGAUCACUGGAUCACGUUGAAUGAACCAUUCACCUAUGCCUAUUCUGCUCACGUGGACAAAGUCCACGCUCCGGGUCUCGGAACCGUCCAUGACCACCUUUUCGCCACCGGAACAAACACUGAGGGAUCGAAAGCGGCUACUGCGGUCGAAGAAUCUGGUGAUGAUGCCGUUCACCCAAAACAAACCCGAAAGAGAGUCAUGAUUUUCAAGCCAACCGAAUCUUGGGCAUCGGAAGCCGAGUACAUUGAUGAGUUUGCUUAUCCCUACAUCGUCACCCACAACUUGCUCCUUGCUCAUGCCAAGGCUGUAGAAAUCUUCAAGAAGAAGUACCAGGACCCUGCCAAGAAGAAGAAGAUUGGAAUCACCUUGGUAUCCAUGUGGUUUGAGCCUCGCAACCCUGAUGAUGAGAAGGAUAAAGCCGCUGCCCUGCGAGCCCUUGAUUUCUUCAUUGGAUGGUACCUAGACCCAUUGGUUCAUGGAGAUUACCCCAAGAGCAUGAGGGAAUAUGUGAACCCAGACCAUCUUCCUAAAAUGGAUGAUGCUGAUAGAAAAGCCAUUCAAGGAAGCUAUGACUUCAUUGGUGUGAACUACUACACUGCCCGAUAUGUUGGUCACUCCGAACCAAAGGCAGCACUCAAAAAGGUCGGAAGGAAUUAUGUCACUGAUCAGCACCUCAAGUACUAUGAGUCGCGCAUUGAGGACGGAGUAGAUGUCCCUAUUGGUAAAGAUACGGGUGCUUCUGCAUGGUUGAUAUCAUAUCCUAAAGGAAUGAAGGGACUUUUGCUUCACGUCAAAAACAAUUAUAAGGAUCCACUCAUCUACAUCACCGAAAAUGGUAUUGAUGAUCACGAUGAUGAUUCAUCCAGGCAUUGGGACUCUUUCUUUGAUGAGAAGAGAGUGAGGCACAUCCAUGAUCACCUCAACUAUCUCUUGGAAGCUAAACGCCAAGGAGUGAAUGUGAAGGGAUACUUCGUAUGGUCAUUGCUGGAUAACUUCGAGUGGAACAAUGGUUUCCAUGCUCGAUUCGGGCUCAUCUACGUUGACUACAAGAACAAGGGACAGAGGCACCCCAAGCUCUCUGCUGCCUGGUUGAAGCAAUUCCUUGCAGACAAGUGCUAA